AUGAAUGAAAAUGAUGACUUGUAUCGUGGCUUGGAUCUGCCGAAAAAGACCAAACGGGAGCGAGAAGAAGCAGCAGCAAGAGUGGAACAAGAUGAAAGAAAAAAUAACGAUACGACGAUUGAAAACUUUGAUACAAAACGACAGAAAAAGCCACUGGAUUUAACAGCUACGAUCGUAAAACUGAAAGGAUAUAUGUUGGUGGAUAAGAAAUUUACCAAGGCUAGUGCAUUGUUCUGUCAAUUGAUAAGUGAUCAAUUGACGGUACAGUCAAGUGAACUCUUUGUCAAGACUCUGGCCACGAUGAUUGACGAAAAAGGAGAAACGUGGAGCGGUCAAAAAGCGUUUCAGCAGCUUUUUGAAACGCUGGAUGCAAAGCGUGACGCGUUGUUGAGUGCUGAUCAUGACGAACGGCGGGAGCGAGAGCAGAUGCUGGACACAUGGAAAUUCUUAGCGAUUACGCAUGCCCAGCUGCUCACGGAUGAAACGUAUCAGUUUAACAAAGCUGCAAAAGUCGUCAAGCUUCGAUUUGAACACGUGGUGAACAAUACAGAAGAAGAUCAGAACGAGGAGCAAGCACGACGACUGCAUACCGAGUUCAUGCCACUCUUGCGCACGCUAUAUAGCAAACGAAGUGUUACGUGGGCUACUACAAUCGUUGAAGGUGUACUAUCGUUAGCAACACGUCAUCGUCUGCUGUUUCAUGAGCUGGAUCGUGUCGAGGUGGAUUCGUGGACAAAAGGUAUGCAGGAUCGUCGAAGAGCCCCCGUGAUCACUCGAUCAGCUGGUUCUGAAGCUCGACGCAAUAUCGUCACGUUUGUUAGCUCCAAUACUUCAGAAGCUGGUGUUAAGAUUCCUGGUAGAUACAACCAUCCAUUGUUCAACAAGGAGAUAUAA